UCAAAAUCCUUUCUUAAACAAAGGUGGUCAAGGUAGUUGAGCUUCAAAUCCACGUGUGCAGUUCCCUCCAUUUCCUUCACCCAGAAUCCUCCCUCUAUAAACUCCUCCUUCCACCACGCAAAAUCUCAAGCUCCAAAUCUACUUCUUGUUGGUAUUAUGCACCAUAAUUUCCUUCACUCUUCGCCAACAAGUAUUGAUCCUCGCUACCAAGAACACCCAUUCCCACAUGGAGCGUUUUGUGCCUUUUCCGCGUACGGUUCCCUUUCUGGCUGUUGCUCUGGCAGUCUUUGUUUUUCCUGUUUAUGGCCAGAUCAAUGCUGCGUGCACGGCUUCGGUGCUUGCUACCUUCGCCCCAUGUAUGACUUUUCUUACAAGUAGUGCCGCCAAUGGUUCUUCACCAACUGCCGGCUGUUGCGGUUCACUUAAGAACCUGACAAGUGAUGGGAUGGACUGUUUUUGUCUUGUUGUAACUGGAAGCGUUCCCUUCGGCGUACCAAUCAAUAGAACUUUAGCCAUCUCUCUGCCUCGUGCCUGUAACAUGCCUGGCGUCCCAGUCCAAUGCAAAGCCACCGGUGCACCAAUUCCUGCUCCAGCUUCUGUUGUUCCUGAACCAACUCCAUCCGCUCUACCACCAGCAUCUGGCACGACACCUCUCCUGACUCCACCGUCUUCGACGGGAGAUUCUGGGGCACCGGCAUCAACUACUGGGAGUCACCCAGUUCUAACUCCACCAUCAGCAUCAGUGCCCUCCGACAGCCUUUCACCAUCUCUUCUACUAUUUGCAUUAGGAUUUGUACUUUUCAAGUACUUGUACUAGAUGCUGUAUGUAUUUCUACUUUCUGCUGUAUACAUUUGUUAAGAAAUAGUCUUUUGGGAUUGUGGGCUAUUAUUUUUUGAGCUUGUUAAGUCGAUUAAAAAUCAUAUU